UAAAUGUAAAUUCUUGCUUGGCUCUUAAAAAGGAUGUCAGUCCUUCUGUUCCGUUCUGCUGGAAAUUUUUUUGGCAGGGCUAGCUUAGAGACCUGUGCUCUGUGUGUCUUUUUGAAAAGCCGAACUCAAACUCCGUCUCUUUAGACUGAGGUGUUGCGCGGGGGAUCUAAAAGGCACCGCAUAAAUCUGUUAGUCUACCUACAUCAGUAAAGCUAUUUGUGUUGUGUUCUGAAGAUGACGUGGGCUCAUUGAAAUGAAACUGAGCCGGAGUCGGAGUUUGUUUAGAAAAGGCACGGUUUGGUCUGGGAAAGCUUUCAAAACUGUGAGGAGGGGCGCUGAUAUUGGAGUGUUGUGGAGAGGGACCGGGACCGGGACGAGAUUCCUUCGCGGCGCGCCUUUGCCUUCUCGCGAAAAGAAUCAUCGCUGACAAGAACGCCCUGACAAGACAGGGGCGGUUAUCUUCGAAGACCGAGGUUCCAAUUACAGAAAAGUGCCGCGCGUUGGAUCCAGCACAUUGAGCACAGCUGAAUCUUCCACUCUCCUCAUUUAACGGAGUGUCAUUUGUACUGAGGACGGAGUAUAAUUAGCCUGGAUAAUUAGCUUCGAGCCCAGCCGCGGGAGGACUGAAAUCCGUCGGGGCGAGACAAACGGGGUGAGGUUCCUGGACGUUUCGGAGAGCGCCCGCCGCCGUCCGGCACCAUGAACGCCUCGGCCGAGGGCGGGGCGCCGCCGCCCGUGUGCUUCUCCGUCAACAGCCCGCCCUUCAACUACACCCACAGCAUCGCCUCCGCCUACUUCUCCGCCACCUUCAGCGGCCUGGGCCUCAGCUCCAACCUGUUCGCCCUGGUGGUGCUGGUGAAGUCGUACCGCCGGACGCAGAGCCGCUCCCGCUCCUCCUUCCUGGUCUUCCUCCUGGGCCUGGUGCUGACCGACUUCAUGGGCCUGCUGGUGACCGGGUCCAUCGUGGUCUCCUUCCACGUCACGCACUUCAACUGGCGCCUGCUGGACCCCCGCUGCCACUUCUGCAACUUCAUGGGCAUGUCCAUGGUCUUCUACGGCCUGUGCCCGCUGCUGCUGGGCGCCGCCAUGGCCGUCGAGCGCUUCGUGGGCAUCAACAGGCCCUUCGCCCGCUCCGCCAGGGUGUCCAAGUCCCGGGCGUGGUCCAUGGUGGUGUCGGUGUGGGUGGCGGCGGGCUGCGUGGGCCUGCUGCCGCUCACGGGCCUGGGCAGCUACCACAUGCAGAUGCCGGGCUCCUGGUGCUUCUUCCUCAUCGGCUCGCGACCCCUGGACAUGACCUUCAGCCUGCUGUUCUCGCUCACGGGCCUGACGUCGCUGGCCGUGUCCUUCGUGCUGAACACGGUGAGCGUGGUGACGCUGCUGCGCGUCUGCUGCGGCAAGGAGGCCGGCAGCCGCCGCCGUGACCACGAGGUGGAGAUGAUGGUGCAGCUCCUCGGCAUCAUGAUCAUCGCCUCCAUCUGCUGGUGCCCCCUGCUGGUGUUUAUUGCAGAGACUGUGCUGUCGGGCAGCAAGCUCCAGGUCAAGUACCUCUUGCUCUGGCUGCGCUUCGCGACCUGGAACCAGAUCCUGGACCCCUGGGUCUACAUCCUGUUCCGUCGUUCCGUCCUGAAGCGCGUGUACCCCAGGCUGGACCUGUCCCGCGGGUCCAUCAUGACCCUGUACCCGGGCUUCACCGCCUCCCUGAGGAGGCUCACCCGCUCUUCCCUGGGGGGCGCGGCCAGCAAGGUGGACGAAGGUGGAGCCCUGGACGGGACGGACAGACCCGCUCCCCGCAGGCCCCUCCCACCGACCUCCUAAGCCCCGCCCACCGCAGGAACUGUCACCCAUCGAGACGAUCGACGUGUUCCGUGCCUAAGCCGUUCAGUUACUUCCCCCGAAACCCUACACCGCUCCUGGUAAACACCCCAUUGUUGCCAUUCGGCUGACGCAGUUAGUUUUAUUAAUCUGUUUUUAUUAUUUACCCUGCAACCCUUCCACAGGACAAGCGGGUUUAGAUAACGGAUGAUGGAUGUUUUAUUAUUUAUGGGAAUACGGCGUCUGCCGCCGCCGUCCGGCUUUAGAUCAAAGGCUGUGGAAUUCUAACGGCCGUUCCGUUCCACCGAGCGCCCGUCUCGGAUUGUAAAGCGAAAGGGGUUUUUUUUUUUUGCGAAAUCCCCGCUAGCCGCGACGGCAGAAUGAUGGAGGACCUGUCAGCCGUCCCGUAAGCGCCCCUGACGUGGGCCGUCUGGAGCCGGAGUCGUCCCGGCGGUGGAGCCGAGGAUGGAGGAGGAACAGGUCGUCUGUCAGGAGUCUCUGUAAACACGGACGAGAGAAUCGGGGUGCGCACAGCGCUACCUAUCACAGAUUCUAUAGACACGACCAGAUACUCAACUCUCCAUCCACUCUCCAAACACGGACUAAAAAACCAGGGUGUGAUCAGCGCUACCUAUCACAGAUUCUAUAGACACAACCAGAUACUCAACUCUCCAUCCACUCUCCAAACACGGACUAAAAAAUCAGGGUGUGAUCAGUGCUGCCACAGAUUCCAUAGACACAACCAGAUACUCAACUCUCCAUCCACUCUCCAAAUAGGACG